AUGGUGGGUAUGGGUUGGUUCAUGUGUAUGGCUAUGAUUGUGUGUCUUGUUAUCUCUUGUGGUGAAGCUGUUCAAGAAGCUAAGUUUGAGGAGCUUUACCGCUCAAGCUGGGCUAUGGAUCAUUGUCUUAACGACGGAGAAGUCACAAAACUCAAGCUUGACAAAUCCUCUGGAGCAGGAUUUGAAUCGAGAAGCAAGUAUUUGUUUGGUAAAGUCUCUAUCCAGAUUAAGCUCGUCGAAGGUGACUCUGCAGGAACCGUCACUGCUUUCUACAUGUCUUCCGAAGGUUCGAACCAUAACGAAUUCGAUUUCGAGUUCUUAGGUAACAAAACCGGUGAACCUUACAUUGUUCAGACAAACAUCUAUGUGAAUGGAGUUGGAAACAGAGAACAAAGACUCAAUCUUUGGUUCGAUCCCACCACUGGGUUCCACACUUACUCAAUCCUCUGGAGUAAACGCAGUGUUGUAUUCAUGGUAGACGAAACUGUGAUUCGAUUUCAAAAGAAUCUUGAAGAUAAAGGUAUUCCAUUUGCUAAAGAUCAAGCAAUGGGAGUAUACAGUUCGAUUUGGAAUGCAGAUGAUUGGGCUACUCAAGGAGGUCUUGUUAAAACAGAUUGGAGUCAUGCUCCUUUUGUUGCUUCUUACAAAGGUUUUGCGAUUGAUGCUUGUGAAGUUCCGACAACAAGUGAUCUAAGCAAGUGUAAUGGAGAUCAAAGCUUCUGGUGGGAUGAACCAACUGUGUCUGAAUUAAGCCUUCAUCAGAAUCAUCAGCUUAUUUGGGUUCGAGCUAAUCAUAUGAUUUAUGAUUAUUGUUUUGAUUCCACUAGGUUUCCUGUUACUCCUCUCGAGUGCCAACACCAUCGUCAUUUGUAG